CAAAAAGUGUCGGAUGUGCGAGUGUAGUUAACAUGGGGGAUGCCGAGGUCAUAGAGAAGCUGAAAGGGGUGCCACAGCUGUUGGCAGCCACGAAAAGGAGCACGAGGAGAGCCGGCAUCGACACGGCGCUCGAAGUUGUCAACAGAGAUGAGUUGCCAGACGUGAUAGUGAAGGGAGUGUCCCGACUCCUGGUACAGGUUGUUCCGAGUUACACCGACGGCCCCUCGCGGAGCAAGUUACGCGAACUGAUUUACACAUUGGCCAAGAAACAUGCUGCCUCCAUCCCAGCGCUUGCCCUGUCCCAGCAGACUCUUGCGCAACAGCAUUCAUUGGCGCCUCAUUCAUCGCGUGCGCUGGCCCGAAUCCACAUUUUCCCAGCAGAGGUGGCAGCAAGGGUCUGGUGCAUUGCAUUUUCUUCCAAGCACCCCAUUAGCUCAAAGGAGGCUACUGCCCUAACUGAGGCCUUGGCGAUACACUUCUCCCUCACGGUUGCGGCCAAUGACAACUUUUUGACCAGCAAGACCCUGAAAACCCUCAGGCCCAUUAUAAAGGAUGAGGAUCUCUUAAAGGCUGUCUGUGAGGCAUUGGUGAGCGGGGAGAUCAGCAUACACCGUGUGAUUCUCGGGGGUCACCUUCUCCAACUCAUGACCCAGGACAAUGUGUCGCCCCCUGUCGCUAACAUGAAGCGUAUGCUCACCGAGACCUACGUCAAGUUGGUCAUCCAGGUUAAGACCAAGCCAAGACCAUUCAUCUUAGACCAGACACGGCCACUCUUACGCCAGCUGAGCCAUGACGAUUUUAAAGAGCUAAUCUUACCUGCUCUUAAAAAGUCCCUCCUACGUAAUCCUGAAGUCAUCCUGGAGGCUGUGGCUCGCCUUUGUUCGGGGCUCAACCUUGACCUGAGCCAAUACGUGGAAGAACUUAGCAAAUUGCUUGCCAGCCCACUCCAUGCCAAAGAAGAUCAAGUGCGCGAUGACACAGUUGAGGUCUGCCGACAGCUUUCAAAGCAGUGUAGUGAUGCAUCAGCUGUGGAAGUGCUUGUAAAGCUUGUGUUUGAUGUGUUCUUUGGCUCAGAUGGAAAGUUGACAGUCAAUACUCAGAAAGUGUCUGUCCUACAGGGUGUAGAGGCCAUCAGUGAGCACUGUGUGACAGGGAGCAGUGCUUACAACUUGUCAGUGAUGGUGUUGGAAAAGAUGAUUAAGGUCCUGGAGACGGAGAGUCACGAGGGGUCACUAGUGCAAGGCCUCACUGCCCUCACUGCCUGGGCAGGCAAGUUCAACACUGACAUCCCCCCAAAACUGAUUGAAUUCUUCCCGAAAGGGAUGGGCUUGAAAACUUCAACCACAAGUGUGAGGGCAGCGUACAUCCGGUGCCUGUUGGCGUGUGUUACCCCCUCAAGUGCCUUCAAGGCGGCCACCCUCAUCCCCAAACUGCUGGCCUGCAUUGACAAGGCUCUCAGCCAGAGUACCCAGGUGUUGAUGUUAUCUGAGGCACUGACAGCAACAGUUUUACUAUUGAAGAUCAGCAUGAGUGAUAUGUCUGCAGAGGAGAAAAUUGCUUCAUUGUGGUCAUCAACCCUGGACCUACAAAAGGGGUAUUUCACAGGGGAAAAGUUCUUCACGCAGGCCCCUAAAGAAGGUUUGUUGCAGUUGGUGACAUGGUGUGAAAUUCUUUUGUCGCAUCACAUUGGAAAACUGGGGAAUGAAGCGAUGGCAGUGGAGCAGGCACUGGUAUGGUGCUUGGUUUGUCCUCAUUCCCAGGUCAGGCUGGCAGCACAGAACUCGUCCAAAAAGCUGGUUGCCUCAUUAGGUGGAGCUCAACUGGCAGCAGAUCUCUUAAACAACCUGACAGUAAUGAUGCAGAAUGCAAAAGUUCAAAAGGCAGACGAACCAGAUGCAGGCGGAGGCAGUGCGGUAGGAGAGCUGAGCCCUGCUGGGGUGGCUCAAGCUCUCAUUGUCAUCUGCUCUCCCAGCAAUCUAGACAGGAGCCAGAAGGAGAGGCUAGCUGUGUUGGCUCUUCCUGCUGCUUUCCAUCCUUCAAUGGUUCGUGAGAAUCCCAACUUGUGGGAGCAGGUGUGCCGUUCGCAGGGUCUAAAAGUGGAAGAGGUCAUUAAGAGCCAAGAGGGAGACAUUGUUCCACAGCUUACAACCGAAUACAUUCCAUCACCAGUUAAUGAGUCGGUCUUAGCAGGCCUAGCUCGUUUAGGAGGUAGAGUCGUUAUCCCGCCAGUAGUAAAGUAUGCCAUCAGUCGCAUAAACAACCCUAAGCUGAUGCAGGUCUCGGAGGAAGACUUUGCAAUUUUCAACACGCCUGAAGGCACGCUGUACAAUCAGUCUGUAGUGGAGGAGGCCUUUGAAGAUCAUUUAAAUAUUCAGAAUGUAAAGAAAUCCAACAAGGUUUACAGCCACAAGGAACAGCUGAUGAUGCUAGAGGAGAAGAAGAAGGAGCUCGAAAAGAAGAGAAAGGAGGGGAAGUUAGAAUUAACAGCAAAACAGAAGGAAGUCCUGAGAGCCCAGACAGAGAAGGAGAAUGGAACAAGAGAAAAAGUCCGUGCACUGCAAGAGAGUGUAGCAGGAGCCAUGUCAAUGUUGAAUGCUCUAGUGGCUGGCAACCUGGACGACCUUGCGCCCCAUUUCAUGCACAUCGUCCCACUCCUCACCUCAUCCCUGAAAUCGAGGGUCAUUGCCCAGCAGUGCUGUGAUUUAUACCUGAAGCUGAGGAUGGCAGUCUUUGAAAGUGAUGAUGAUGUUUUCGCGCACACAUUGGCACGCACCACAGUUAGAGUUUGUGGUCCGGUCAUGCCGAUACCAUGGGACUGGGAAGGAGAAAGCCUAGAAUCAUCAGCCCAAAGAACGCUCAACAUGCUACAUGAAGCCACUGUGCCAAAGAAAUCCGCAAAUGAGGAUGACGAUGAGAAGUAUUAUUGUGCCCCGGGCUUUGUAUACUGCCUACCCUUCCUUGAGUGGGUCCUCACGAAGCGACUGGGUGGAGAAGAGAAGUUUGAGGUUGUGGCUGGGAAGGCUCUGCAGGUGAUCAGCGAGCACAUGGCCAUGAGGGGAGCCGAUGAGGAGGAUCUCUACCAUCCAUGCUUCCUGCCUCGCAAGCAUCUCCUCACGCUCUUGAUCAAUGUUAUAAGCACAAGCUCUGGACGUACGCAACAGACCGCAUGCGCUGUACUGGAAGAGAUGUGUCACUGUGCAUCGGGCGACAUUGGCUGCGAUAAAGCUUCUCUGGAUGAGAUUAACGUCCUUCUUAAUGCACUUCAGACCCCACAACAGGCGGUCAGAGAUGCAGCACUCAGGGUAAGGAGAUGGAGAAAGGAGGAUAGAAAAAUAGCAGAUUAUAUUACAAGAGAGCCCCAAGCAAAAAACCUCAGGAAAGGUUUUCUCCCGAGUCCAAAAGCUAAGAACCCCAAUGGUUUUUUUGGAUUCUUGUUGAGGGAUUGGGUAUUGUCAUUCUUAUUUAUUAAAACACUGGUAAUUUCGACCGGCUUGUUCAGUCGCGAAACAGUUGUGACCCUUGCCAAUUUCUUUGUCCCUGGUGCUUUAGGUGAUCGUAAUUCUGAAGUGCGGAAUAAGAUGCUGGCAGCUGCUAUGGCAGUCGUCAAUUGCCAUGGGAAGGAAACUGUGAAUAGUCUUUUGCCAGUAUUUGAAAAGUUCCUCAACACCGCACCCAAGCAUGCCAGCUACGAUGCUGUCAGGCAGAGUGUCAUCAUUCUCAUGGGUUCCUUAGCCAAGCAUUUGGACCACACAGACCCCAAGAUCAAACCCAUUGUUGUCAAGCUGGUUGAAGCCCUCCACACUCCAUCACAGCAGGUCCAGGAAGCAGUGGCCAACUGUCUCCAUCCUCUUGUCCCGGCGAUCAGAGACGAGUGCCCCAAGCUCGUGACAAAACUCAUGAAGGUUCUCCUCGAGUCCAACAGCUACGGAGAACGGAAGGGUGCGGCGUAUGGGCUCGCAUCUCUGGUGAAGGGCAUGGGUUUUUUGAUACUACAGGACAAAAAGAACUACAAAUUCAGGGAAGGAGCUCUCUUUGCCCUUGAGCAGCUGUGCAACAUGCUCGGGAAACUGUUUGAGCCUUACAUUGUGCACAUUCUGCCGCACCUGCUUCUGUGCUUCGGCGAUAACAACCAUUAUGUCCGAGAGGCUGCUGACGACACCGCAAAGGCUGUCAUGGGCAAGCUCUCGGCUCAUGGUGUCAAGCUUGUCCUGCCGUCCCUCUUGGCUGCGCUGGAGGAGGAUUCGUGGAGAACGAAGACAGGGUCUGUGGAGCUUUUAGGCAACAUGGCUUUCUGUGCCCCCAAGCAGUUGUCAUCUUGUCUGCCCUCAAUUGUGCCAAGACUGAUCGAAGUAUUGAGUGAUUCGCACACAAAAGUACAACAUGCUGGCGGUCAAGCACUCAAACUGAUCGGCUCCGUUAUCAGGAAUCCUGAGAUUCAGGCCAUUGUACCAGUAUUGCUUGAUGCUCUGCAAGACCCUAGCAGGAACACGUCAACUUGCCUGCAGACUUUGCUUGAGACGAAAUUUGUCCAUUUCAUUGAUGCGCCAUCGUUGGCUCUCAUCAUGCCUGUAGUCCAGAGAGCAUUCCAAGAUAGGUCAACGGAGGUCCGUAAAAUGGCGGCGCAGAUCAUCGGUAAUAUGUACUCACUGACGGACCAGAAGGACCUCCAGCCUUAUCUCCCAGCCAUCAUCCCAGGCUUGAAGGCUUCCUUGUUGGAUCCCGUGCCAAAGGUGCGUGCCGUUUCAUCACGUGCACUGGGAGCCAUGGUAAAGGGCAUGGGAGAGUCCAGCUUUGAUGACCUCCUGCCCUGGCUGAUGCAGACACUGACCUCGGAGUCUUCUAGCGUUGACCGUUCAGGAGCAGCUCAGGGUCUGGCAGAGGUUGUGGGUGGCCUAGGUCCGGAAAAACUGCACCGCCUGAUGCCUGACAUCAUUGCCACAGCUGAGCGUUCUGACAUUGCCCCGCACGUGAAGGACGGCUACAUAAUGAUGUUCAUUUUCCUCCCGACGGUGUUCCAGGAUGAGUUCACUCCCUACAUUGGCCAGAUCAUCCCACCAAUUCUCAAGGCCCUUGCCGAUGAAAAUGAAUUUGUUCGUGAAACUGCCCUCAAAGCUGGUCAGAGGAUUGUCAACACGUAUGCUGAAUCUGCCAUCACGUUGCUGCUGCCUGAACUGGAAGCUGGUCUGUUCCAUGACAAUUGGCGUAUUCGAUACAGUUCCGUUCAGCUGUUGGGAGAUCUGCUGUUCAAGGUAUCAGGUGUGUCUGGUAAGAUGACAACAGACACUGUCAAUGAAGAUGACAACUUUGGUACAGAACACUCCCAGAGGGCCAUUAUUGACAUCUUGGGUCCAGAGAGGCGCAACAGGGUACUGGCUGGGCUCUACAUGGGUCGGUCGGAUGUUGCUGUAUUGGUGAGGCAGGCUGCGCUCCAUGUCUGGAAGGUUGUGGUUACCAACACCCCCAAGACCCUGCGAGAAAUUCUUCCCACUCUCUUCUCGCUCCUUCUUGGUCACCUCGCUUCUACAAGCUGUGAUAAGAGACAGGUGGCAGCACGUACACUCGGAGACCUUGUACGCAAACUUGGUGAGCGUGUCUUACCAGAAAUCAUUCCCAUUUUGGAAGCUGGCUUAGGGUCCCCUGAGGCAGACCAUAGACAAGGUGUUUGCAUUGGUCUCUCUGAGAUUAUGGCAUCCACCAGUAAGGAUAUGGUUCUGUGCUUUGCUGACAAUCUGGUGCCGACUGUAAGACGAGCUCUGUGUGAUCCUCUGUCAUCAGUGCGUCAGGCUGCUGCCCAGACCUUCGACUCCUUACACAGCACUGUAGGAUUCCGUGCUCUGGACGACAUCCUGCCACAUCUUCUUGCACAACUAGAGAAUGAGGAUGAGACAAAGGAAUAUGCUCUUGAUGGCUUGAAGCAAGUUAUGGCAAUCAAGAGCAGGGUUGUCUUGCCAUAUCUUGUUCCUCAGUUAACUACACCACCAGUCAACACCCAAGCACUGUGCAUCCUGGCCUCGGUUGCUGGAGAUUCCCUUACGCGCCACCUGAGCAAGAUCCUGAUAGCCCUCCUUGGAGCUCUAAGCGAGGCUGCAGGAACGCCUGAGUAUGAUGAGGCCCUGAGUCAUUGCCAGGGUGUAGUUCUUGCUGUUGUGGAUGAUGCUGGAGUUACUACUAUUGUUGAUGAGCUGUUACAGCACUCUAAGGGAAAUAACACCGGAAUGUCACGUGCCUCUGUAGCUCUGUUGCUAGCAUUCUGCUCAAACACAAGGGCUGACUACAGUGACUAUGUACCGCAGCUGUUGCGGGGCCUGAUUCACCUCUUCACCCACACAGAUGAUGAAAUCAUCAAGACUGCUUGGCUGGCUCUGAGUGCUGUGACCAAGAGCUUGGAUGCAGCUGACCAGAAAUCUUUAGUACCAGAUGUCCGACAAGCUGUCAAGUUUGCAGCCUCAGAUCUCAAAGAGGGACAACUCAUGCCUGGUUUCUGUUUGCCCAAAGGCAUUCAGCCAAUCUUACCCAUCUUCCGAGAGGCUGUGCUUAAUGGCGAACCAGAACUCAAGGAAGCUGCCUCUAAUGGUCUCACUGAGGUGAUCCGAUUGACAAGCUCAGAUGCUCUCAAGCCUUCGGUAGUUCAUGUUACUGGCCCUCUCAUUCGUAUUCUUGGAGAUCGCUUUGCCUGGAAUGUCAAAGUGGCAGUGUUAGACACGCUAGCACUGUUGCUGGCUAAGACUGGAGUGAUGCUGAAGCCAUUCCUGCCACAACUGCAGACCACCUUUGUCAAGGCUGUGCAUGACCCCCACCGUGGUGUAAGGCUUCGUGCUGGUGCAGCUCUCUCCCAUCUCAUUACUAUCCACACCAAACCAGAUCCACUCUUCACCGAACUGCACAAUGCUGUCAAAACAUCAGAUGAUUCUGCUAUUAGAGAUACGAUGAUUCAGGCCCUGAGGUGUGUCAUACAGCCGGCAGGAGACAAAAUGAGUGAGAAUGUCCGCAAAGGGAUUUUGGGAACCUUGGGAGGUCUUCUCUCUCAUGACAAUGACUCCACACGCCUCUGUGCUGCUGGUGCCAUAGGUGUCCUUCUGCCCUGGCUCCCUCCAGAUGAUCUGCGCUCGGCUCUCACCCAAUAUGUGUUAGACGAUAAUGUAAAUGCUGACUGGACAGUCAGACAUGGAAGAUCAGCAGCUCUCUUCUCUGCCUUGAAGUCAGCUCCGGGUAAAUUACUGGAGAUUACUUCCGCUGAUCAGGUGACUGCAGCGCUUAUGUCAUAUAUGUCAUCAGAUCGUUCCUCUUUAGUGGAGAAUGCAAUGGCAGGUAUUGCCUUCUUCCUGGCACACCAGCUGAAGAAGGGUGCAUCUGUGCCCACACAACUUCUGCAGCCUUUUGCUAAGCUCAUCAACCACAACAGUAAUGAGGUGAAACAGGGAAUGUGCCGAGCCUGCCAGUACACAGCAGAGAAGCUGGCUGCAGAAAAGGGCAUGCAGAUCCCGCGCGAAGUCGCCAAACCUCUGGUGCCCAUGCUGGUGAAUGGCACCAAGGAGAAGAACCAGGUUGUGCGGUCGUCUGCCGAGAUGGCGCUCGUUGCAAUACUGUUGCUGAAGGAAGGAGACCAAGGGCAGCAGGUGAUACUGAAUUACCUGGAGGGGGGAGCCCGAGAGCCCCUGAGCGAGGUGAUCAACAAGUCCCUCCGGCGGGCCACCUACAUCCCGGUGACUGACUCCGAGAUCGACCCCACCCUGCUCACGUGAUCCCGCGACCCGCCAUAGCAUAAA